AAGGAUGAAAAAUGUAAUGAGGAGAGAAGUGAGGCAGGAGUUGUUGUUAUUACGUUUCUGGGUGGUUCACUACAUUUAAGUCAACCAUCCAGAUUUCAGCCAGGCUCAACCCUGCUGAGCUUCCAAGAUAAGGCAAGAUUGGGCACUUCAGACUCUGUAUGGUGAGGUGCUUGUGUCCAGGGCUAUUAAGGCUGAUAUUUGCAAGAAGAUUUCCUAGUGGUUCCUCCCAGCAACACAAUGCACAGUUUAAAAACCUGUGCAUUGCUGUCCACAAUACAGCUCUGGAUUUUGUUGUGGGAGCAUGUAUCUUCGGAGUAAUAAAUAAUAAUCUCACUGCCAAUUGCUGUUAUGUGGAAUAAGGGACAGGCACAUUGACAUCAUAUUGAAUAAGAACACUGUUCGAUGGGAAGACUGUCUUGUGCUACAGACUGAUAACUCCAUGUGGCAUGGGCUCAUAUAUCCACCAUUUCCGUAUCUGGACAGGGUUAGUCUUGCUGUAGUUAUCCAUUUGCUGGUGACCUCUGAUCUGGUUUACUGCAAUUCCUUAUAUGAGAGGUUGCCUUUGGAGAACACCCAGAAGCUUCAACUGGUCCAAAAUAGGGCAGCAAGAUGGUUACCCUGGAGUAGUCAACAUGAUGACCUGAUGCCACUGGGUGCCCAUGUGUGCUGGUGAUCUGCCCAUGUCUGGACCCAAUUCAAAGUGCUGGCAUUAACUUUAAUAGUUCUGAUGGGUUUGGGACCAGGUGGCCAGAAGCAUUGCCUCCUCUAAACCCAUCCGCAUCUUAACAAUGCCCUCUGUGGCUCUUCUCUAGGAGUCACUGACAGAGGAAGGGAGGUGGGUGGCCACCAAGAAGAGGGGCCUUUGUCUUCUGGCAGCCUGACUGAGCUUCCCAGAAGGGCUUGCUUUGUGCCUACAUUGCAGUUUUUCUGGCACCAGACAAAGACCUUAUUUUCCCAGUCAUUUCAAUCUUUCAGUUUCUGUAUUCCAAUAUGCUGCUGUACUUUCAUGUUUGCAUUACUGCUAGGCUUUACUUUGGCUUUUUUUAAACUUCUGUUUCCAAAUGAAUUUUUUAACUUUAAACUUUCAUAGUGCGUCUUAUGGCUUUGUUGAUGGUUUUACUUGUGAACUGCCCAGUUUUACUAUUGGAUAGUAUAGAAGUGACAUAAAUAAGGUAAUGUCUCCAGUUCAGGCCCUGGAUGAUCCUGACCCUGGGAGAGUUAGUAAAUAGAAAUAUUGAGACCUGGGCUUAUUUUGAAUGUCCCAAAAGAAACAGGAAAGAGUGCAUUGUGAAUAAGGCUAUUCUGUAUGCUCAAGAAGCAAAAGACAAGGCCCAAGUCUGGUACUCUAUUGUACACGGUGGCAAGUAUGAUAAGAGAUGAAUCCUAGAAUAAGCACUAGAAGCAGUGCACAUUUGAUUCUUCUGGUUGUAUUUGGAGUCCUUGUCUCUUCUUGGGGGAUGCAAUAAACGAAGCAGUGCCUGAUGUUGUCACAGUGUCUCUCAGGGUCUAACUACUUGGGACUACUAGAUACUCACCUCUACUCCCCAUGGCUUAGUAUAUAGAGAAAAAAGGCAGGAAAACCCAAGAAGACACCAGCACUAUUAAUAAGCGAGUCAAGGAAGGUUAUAGAAGAGACUAAGGCAAGGUUAGGCAACUUCAUGUAGUCCAGAUUCAUGUAUUCCUGGCUUUAGUCCAAAAUAUCUGGAAUGUGAUAGGUUGGCUAUCACUGCACAAGGUUUGCUUUUAAAAAAGGAAGGUUUUCCUACAUGAAAAGAAACAAAAAUACAUUGCAACACAAUAGAAGUAAAAGAUUCUAAGGUAAGCAAGGGUGGGAAUUGACAAGCAUAUUGAAAAAAUAAAAUAAAAUAAAUAGAGUUGCAUCUGAUGAUUGCUUUGCAUGAGCAGAAAGCCCUCCUCUUCCAGCAAUGUGAGGCACCACACUCCCUCCAACCCUCCUCCAGCCUUGUAUGGUAUCCCUGGCUGUUCUGGAGCUCCUCCAGCUCUCAGGAACAGCUCUUUCGGAGGGAGCAUGGAGGGCUGUGGGCUGCAGGGAGAAUUGGGGAAAAUCAGGUGUCCAGCCUGGUGUGAAGAGAAGCACAUUUUACUUGCACAAAGCCACCAUCGGAUGCUACCUGUUACUAUCAACAAGCCUAACUCCUUUAUGUCAGAUGAAGAAAAUGAACAGGAUGAAUAUGGAAAUAGGACAGAAUGAACUGAUGAAUGAGCACAUGUGAAACUGACUGGGCCAGAAACAGACCGAUCAUUUCUUCUCUGAAAAUUGAAGAAAUGCGGAGUGUAUUUGUGUGCGCACUCACCAUUUAAAACAGCAUUCCACAUCUCUGCAAAAGAAUAUUCAUGAUACUCCGUAUAUAUAUUUAUAGAUGCAUGAAUAUGCAUAUGAAUGGACAAACAGAACAAUCAACAUAAAGGUACAGAAGUGGACGAGCGUUUUCUAGUUCGGCGCUAUUGCCACUCAUUCUGAUUUUCCUAAAAGUUCAGCAUUCUGCAGUGAGCAGAUGAUGUGUGAAGUGCCUGCCUGUGUGCUGAAAUUAAACAAGGUGGUUUCAAAUCACAAACUCUGGGCUGUAUUUAUCAUCACCUUUAAGUUCAUGUCCUUUAUUUCCAUCAUGUACUAUUGGAGAAUCACUCAGUAUGUUAAUGACAAGAGACAACACUACAGUCUGCCUGUAGAGGUUAAGUGUCCUCCUUCUCCUCCCACCCUGAUUUCUGGAUGGUCUUCUACAUUACCAAAGGACAUAUACUUCCUGGAAACAUCUGAACGAACAAACCCCAACUUUCUGUUUAUGUGCUCUGUUGAAUCAGCAGCCAGGAUCCAUCCGGAGUCUAGAAUUGUGGUCCUUAUGAAGGGAUUGGCAAAAUACAAUAAUACUUUGCCCAAACAUUUGGGCAUCUCCUUGCUCAACUGCUUCCGUAACCUUGAAUUCAAAAAGUUGGAUCUGAUCAACCUAUUCUCGGACACUCCCCUGGCUGACUGGUAUUCUCAGGCUCAGCAAAGGUGGGAACCAUAUUUCCUCCCCAUCCUUUCAGAUGCCUGCCGAAUAGCCAUUAUGUGGAAAUUUGGUGGUAUCUACUUAGACACAGACUUUAUCAUCCUCAAGAACUUGAAUAACCUCACAAAUACACUUGGUAUGCAAUCAAAAUAUGUACUCAACGGGGCCUUUCUCUCAUUUGUGCCCAAACACAACUUUAUAGAGCUUUGCAUGCAGGAUUUUGUGGCUAAUUACAACCGCUGGAUUUGGGGCCACCAGGGCCCACAGCUCUUCACCCGGAUAUUUAAGAAGUGGUGUUCCAUCCAUAGCCUCCAGAGCAGCAAAAGCUGCCGGGGAGUCACAGUCCUGCCACAAGAAGCCUUUUAUCCUAUCCGUUGGCAGGAUUGGAAAAAGUAUUUUGAAGCAGUGGAGGCUUCAGAGCUUCCCAAGCAUUUUAAAAACACCUAUGCAGUGCAUGUGUGGAAUAAGAAAAGUCAAGGCACCCAAUUUGAGGUCACCUCUAAGGCUUUAUUAGCUCAACUGCAUUACCGCUACUGCCCUUCUACAUACAGUCUAAUGAAGAUCUAUCAGAUCUAGCAGCUACCUGCUCAUGGAUACAGUUGAAUGUCAACCAAAGUAUUCAGCCAUGGGGAGCUAAUAUCAUUCUUACCUAGAAGCAACAGCACCUAUCACUAAGCUGAUGACUUGCCAAUUCAACAUUUCAAAAAGCAGAUGAAUGGUGAUGAGUUAUACCAGGCUGGGCUGUUCCACUAAAGAAUACUAUGAGGAUCAACCAACAUUUGUAAUGUUCUGUUCAUCAUCAUUAGCCUGGAUGUAAAAGAAAACAAAUCACUUUGAAAGGGCAAAAAGGGGAUUGGGAGAGUGUGCGGUUACAGAACCAUGUUUGCCAUCUUUUCUCUGGUGUUAAAAUGGUAAUAGACUCCUUCAGUCGAAAUAACAUGCCAUUUACUCAUAUUUUAAUGAUCAUGUCAGAAACUUUUCCUGCUUCUGUUAAUGUGUCUUACUACUAGUGAUGUCAUGGAAGUUUGCCUUUACUUGGUUUCUUAUAUGAACUUGACGAAUGAGUAAUGCUUCGCCACGUUGUGCAUUUAGUGAUUCAUAAUGUGGCAAAGCAGAAGUCCCCAGAAGUUCUUCUUAUGCUUGGAACAUCAUCUAACUGCCCCACCUGGGGA